AUGGCGCCGCUUCCUGUGGAUCCUGCUGCUGCUGUCAAGCUGUGGUUGAAGGCCGCAGACUCUGAGCAAACGAGCGAGAAAUGGAGCCGUGUCCAGCGAGCUGCCUGCAAAGUUCCUUGGCUUCGUUCUUUGACUGAGUGUGGGGGGUUGCCAGCUGCUUGUUGCACAGAGGCUGCCCAGAGAUGCAUUGAGGGAAAGGAUGGCAACUUGUUGCCGUUGGUGGAGUUUCUGUUCAGAGGUUUCGAUCAUGCUGAGCUGCCAGCCCUCUUUCCCAGUGUGGUUGUGGUUGUUUGGCAUAUUUGGUAUUGCUGUGAGGCAGCCUUGGCUGCCUAUAUGACUUAUCGAGCCGGGGGGCACCCAAGCAUAUCCUGGGGCAGCAAAUCCUCUGGCAAGGACCCUGGCAACUUGAUGCUCCAGAUUUUACACACUGAGAACCCUUUCCUCCGAAUGCAAGCAGCUCCCUUCAGAGGUGACAAGGUGACAGGCUAUUUGAUGGAUAUCUUGAAGAUGCCAUACAUGCAACGCCUUGAGAGUCGUGAGCAAUUGGGUAUCGUGAUUCUGACUGCAUACCGUCGAUCCCCUGGCUUUGCUGAGUUUGUGCUUGAAGCCAGUUCGCAGCCGCGAUUUGCUUUGCUUGCAGUUGUCCACAAUUUCUUUCGAGACACACAAGGGGUCGGGCAGCGAAAGGCUUACAUGCCAACCCGGGUUAUCUCCAAGCAUGGCAGUAAGCUGCGGCCAAAUCUUGCAGGGGCAUUGAGCUUGUGUGGCCAAUUUCUGGAUGGCUCGCUAGAUGCCAUUUUCGUGAAUGACAGCAAGAAGUCAUGGCUUGUGGAUCCGGAUUUGCUCCCCGUCAUGAGCAUGUUUCAUUGGACCUUGCUUUUAGUUGCCAAUGUUGGGGCCGCGAUGUUGUAA